AUGACGUCGUCUGAAAAGUUGACUGAGCUGACGAUCGAUGAUCUCGAUAAUAUCGAUAUAACGUUGAUGACAUUGAGGAAGCCUACGGAGCUCAAAAAAGUGAUCGAUUCUGUGCCAAAGCCUGUGAGAGCUGUGCCAAAAAAUGGCUUGCCCCUGUGGUACAAACUUGGGUUGGAGUGCAAGUUACCAGUGCCAAAAAUGCCUGUUGGUAAAGUUAUAUUCUCGCGCGGGAGGAUCGGCGAAGACGUUCGACGACUCGGCCUCGGGCUCGGCGGUGGCCCACGACCUACCUUCGACCUCACAGAUCCUUACUGCAACAACGUUUCCUACGACUACGUGCCCAUGCAUGACCCCCACCUCGCCCACCACUUCUCGCAGAAACCCGCUAGGAAUAGGAUGAAACAGCUCGGCUUCUGCACCAAGGAUGGCAGGGCAGUCUGCUCGUUGAAGGAGUUCAAUCAGUACAGGAAAUAUUUGUACAACCAGUUCAUGGAUAGGAUUCACAUGGAGAUGAAGAAAUUGGAUGAACGUGCGAGAGAUGACUUAACCCUGAAACGAGUCGAGAUUGAUGUUGCAAGAAGACUUCAGGUGUUCACAAAAGCAGAGAAAGCGAGGGAGCAUCUCGAAAAGGUUGCGCAGGAACACGCAGAUGAAUGGGCGUCUAAGAAACGAGCUGCCAAAGCUCAAGAAAAGAAAAUCCAAGCCAGGAUGAAAUAUUUAGCAGAAUUUAACGAGAAGCAGCGAAGGGAGAGAGCGCAGAAGGCUCGGGAGAAACAAAACAGGAUUAAGCAGAGGGUUCAGGCCGCUGCAGAAAUGGAACUCCGGCGCAAGAUUACCAUGGUGAGGCAAUGGCGGGCCAAUGAGAAGAAACGGCUGAACAGGGUCAAGCAAGAGAGAGAAUCAAAGAUUAGGCGGUUGGAAAAUGAGGCUAACAACAAAUGGAUCGCACGCGUGGAAGCUCAGAACAUGAAGAUACAAGAAGAGGCUCUGCUGCUGAAGCUGUACUCCGAAGACAUGACUGCCGGUGCUAAGAGGAGAGCCAAGAAAGCAGAAAUAUACGCGUACAACACAGAUCUGGAGUUGCAGCGCAUCAGAUUGGCCAACUGGAAGCUAGGACACGGAGGCACCGCGAAGACAGUGCGGCUUAUCAAGAAAAUGGGCUCUGAGUUUGAGAAGUCGAAGCGCGGUGCCAAAGGCAUGAGUCCGGAACUCGCACAGAAGAUGGCUGCCCAGGCGAUGUCGAACGCGAUGUCGACACAAGGCGACACGCUCAUGAUCCUGGGACAGGCGCGCGUCAGGAUGGACAUCGAGACCUUGCUGCCGCUAGCUCCAAUACGAUUACUUGAUGAGAUGCUUGAGUCCGCCAUAAUGGAGUUCUCCCGUCGUCGCGUGCAUCAACUACUGCAAGAUGUGGAGAAUAUGGUACAAUCGCGAGCAUCCGUCGUGUUCUUCCAGGACUUUAGGCAACCGGUCGGCAAGAAACGAUCAAAGCAGUCCCGUUGGCAAUCUCAAAUAGCGGCCGAGAUGGCGCGUCAUCAUGCGCGCGAGAGUAUGCUCGGCUUCGGAGAAGCUAUCAAAAUACCCGCAGAAGUGGAAUCUGAGAUUGAGCUCAAAAGCAUUAAAGAAAGAAUUCCUACGCCUGUGCCAUCGAAAACGAAAUUGGCUGAGGUCACAUUCAUAGACAGGGUGGAAGACUUACCCGAUCCCGUGUCUGUGCCCACCUACCUUCCAGAGAGGAAGAAAUUACUUGACAUGGUGAAUGCAUCAGCAAAGCUACUGUCUCGCACCGUGACCGCGAAGGUGGACAAGGGCAUGGACGUCACCGUGGGCAAGGUGACACUGCCGAAGAUGAGACACCCAUUGGAAUGGGGUGAAGCAGUAGAAGGGCUAGCGUUGGCGGUAGUAGAUAACCGCGUGCACGCCGAGUGUGCGGACGUGCGGCGCGCGUGCGAGUUCCUCACCAACCGCGUGCUCAAGAACUUGCAGAACGACAUGAAGCAGGAGAGGAAAGUAUGUAGAUCUUUCUUCUUUAGAUUGUUUAGAAAGGGGGGAAAGGGAAUUCCACAAGUGUACUGAACCGAUUGUGACGUAAAUUUUGAUUGUGGUCGAAUCAGUCAGGCAAAUUGGGCGCCGGAAAUUUUUAGAAAUGU